AUGGCAAGCAUCACCAUCGAUACGAAAGUGGCAUCAAAAAUCACUGAUAAAGCUCUGUUGAAAACUUCUGCGAUUAUUGGAGGCAACUGGGUAGCGGCCAAGUCCGGGAAAGUUUAUGAUGUAGUUGAUCCAGCCACAUCGAUAACUGUCGCUCAAGUCCCUGAUAUGGCUACUGAAGACGCAAAGGCUGCUAUUGAAGCUGCAAAGCUAGCUUUUCCUGCUUGGAGCAAGCUCUUGGCUCGAGAACGUGCUACUCUACUACGCAAGUGGUAUGAUCUGAUCAUGGCGAAUUCACAAGAUCUAGCUGCAAUUAUGGUAGCUGAAUGUGGAAAGCCUAUGUCUGAAGCUAAAGGCGAGAUGGGAUAUGCUGCCUCAUUCAUACAAUGGUUUGCCGAGGAAGCUCCGAGAGCCUAUGGUGAUGUGAUUCCUCAGGACAAGCAUGGGAGGCGUCUGCUAGUCAUUAAACAAGCAAUUGGUGUUUGUGGUUUGAUUACACCCUGGAAUUUUCCUGCUGCAAUGAUUACACGAAAGGCUGGUGCUGCACUAGCAGCAGGAUGCACCGUAGUCAUAAAACCAGCUCCUGAAACACCAUUGUCUGCGUUGGCAUUGGUUGAAUUGGCCAAUCGUGCUGGUAUUCCAAAGGGCGUUUUGAAUGUAGUUACUGCUUCCAAACAGCUGACUCCUGAAGUCGGGUUGGAAUUGAGUACAAAUCCGACUGUUCGCAAGAUUUCAUUCACUGGAUCGACACCAGUUGGAAAGCUUCUUUUGAAGCAAGCAGCUUCUACCGUCAAGAAAGCCAGCAUGGAACUAGGAGGAAAUGCAGCCAUGAUUAUAUUCGAUGAUGCCGAUUUGGAUGCAGCCGUCACAGGCGUCCUCGCCUCAAAGUACAGAAACACUGGCCAAACCUGUGUUUGCAUCAACCGACUAUACGUUCAAUCCAAAGUAUAUGACGAAUUCGCAUCCAAACUUGCAGCCAAAGUCAAGGAAACUUUGAAAGUGGGCCAUGGAUUUGAUCCUAGCUCAACAGUUGGUCCACUUAUAACCAAGGAAGGAUUUACCAAAGUCAAGAGACAUGUUGAUGAUGCUGUCUCUAAAGGUGCUACAGCAGUUGUGGGUGGUAAACCACAUGAAUUGGGUGGCAACUUUUAUCAUCCGACUAUAUUGACCAACAUGUCUAAGAAUAUGCUGAUACACGAGGAAGAGACCUUUGGGCCCGUUGCAGCGUUGUUUAAAUUUGAAACUGAAGAAGAAGUGGUUGCUCUCGCCAAUGCCACACCAUUUGGACUGGCUGGAUAUUUCUAUUCAAAUAAUAUUUCAAGAAUAUUCAGAGUCGCUGAAGCCAUCGAAUGUGGGAUGGUGGGGAUCAAUGAUGGCAUGAUAUCAAACGAAGUGGCGCCGUUUGGGGGAAUCAAAGAAAGUGGUUUGGGUAGGGAGGGCUCAAAAUACGGCUUAGCCGAAUAUAUGGAGGAUAAAUAUUUAGCAUUUGGCAAUAUUGUUGAAUCCAAGCUAUAA